AUGGCCAGGCUGCUGAGCUCGAGACUUUUUGCUGGCCAGCAAGCAGCCAAAGCAGUUGAGUCUGAGAUCCAACAAAGUGCGCUGUAUGAGCACGAUUUCAAGGUCGUCUCCAAGCUGCUCAAGAUGUCAAAUUCCCAGUUGCAGCAGUUUGUCCGCGCAAGCUGGCUCUCUGCCACACGGGAGACGGCCACUGAAGCUCAUGCUGACUUUGUCACGUCCAUCGUGAAGCCUUGUUUGAAGGUCAACGUGAUGGGGAUCCCAGAAGAGAUGUCCGACAUUGUGGGUCGUUUUACGGCCAUCAUCAGAAGUGGACGUGCGCAGGAACAAGACCUGGCAUCCUUCAAAAUAGCAGCAGCGGCCAUGCAAGGAAAACUGGAGUCGCAUCCAUUACUGCAUGGGAUCAGCUUGCAGUGUCUCAGGUUGGUUGACAAACAGGAGAAAGGAAUAACGACAAUGAAAGGAAGGAGGACGGCAGAAUCAGAAGCAGAGCGCCUGUUGAUUGCUGACGCAGGUCAAAGACUGGCUUUAGCUUGCUGCAACCGGAAAUUGGCCCAAGAGUUUGGUCUGAAUUUGAGGACGUAUGGGAACCUACUAGAUGAUUUGCUGCCGAAAAGUGUUCCUGCGUCCGCGCUAGCUCUGCAUUUUGAUGGCAUUCUGCAGCAGAACUUUGAGAUUCUGGACCAGAGAGCGUUGAGGACCACGUCGGAAGGCAUUUGCCGCUUCGUCCUUUGCUUUGACGCUACAUAUCUCACGCCCACGCUGAGCCAGCUGAAGAUUCAUUCCCAGCACGGGCUGGUCGGCGGCAUGUUCAAGACAGGAGCAGAAGGCAACUGUUUCAUCAGCUUGGAGGAGGAAAAGCUGAACAUUUCUUCUGUAGUGAAGGCCUUGAACAUGCUUGAGAUGAUUGCAUGGGACCCGUGCCAGAAGCGCAAGAACCCGUUGAGCAUUUGCAGCCUCCCGAUAGAGCACAACUUUUCCAACGUGCAAGGGACGAAUCGGUCAAACUGGUUUAUGCUGGAUUUGCUUGGCCGCGUUCUGGAGAAGGCAUCAGGAAUCGUGCGCGCAUUGGUGUUCGACCAGCACAGUAGCCAAUUGUUCAUCCGCAAAGUGAUCCAUGGACAGCUUCAGGGCAUGGACCCGAUUGAGCUGCGGGCUUUACCGUGGUUUGGCAAGCUAUCGUACGAGAGUUUGCCAGCAUGUUGCUUGCCCAGGCUCCCCGUGCGCCUUUGCAAGGAGCCCGUUUCCGGAGAGUACUUUUGGGCCCUGCCGGGAGUUUGCUUCUCGACUGCCUUGGCGGAAGGCAGUUUGGAAGCCAUGACCAUUCCGUGGAGCCUGUCCGGUCUUUGCAUCCACAACUGCAUGACAGCGUUGUGCCUUUCCGGCUUGGUCCACCGAGAUUUGACAAUGGCUGAACGGUGCGAAAACGCCGUGAGUGGCUUCGUCGGCAUGGACCUGUUCAAAAUCUUGGCUGACCGCAAGUGCAAAGCCAUGGAGCUUCCUGCAGGAAGUUGCUUCUAUGCAGGUCAGACGCUAAGCAAUGCCCAAAGUGCCGCUUUAGCGACCAUCGUGGGGAAGUUGAACAAGUUGAAAGCUACGCCUGCUCGUCAAGAAGCUGCCUUGACAGAUUCAGAGUUCCAGACUUGCUGUGAGAAUGGCAUGAAAGCGGCGCUUGAAUUGGCAUCCUGGUGCAGCAAGGUGCCGACUGAGAAGCUGGAGAAGUGGUAUCAGGACUACUGUGCCGUCGGCUUCUGGGACACGGAAAAUGAUGCUCUUGAAGAGGACGAACUUGAGAUGGGCGACGAAGAAUUGGCUUGCGAGGAAACCGCAAAGAAUGAAUGCACAGAGUUUUUGGAUGCACUUCAGGCUGAGACCGUGGAACCUUCGGCUUUCAAGGUUGGUGAUGAGCAAGCUGAGUCAACUGAGGAGAGACACUCGGAAACAGUGGACAAUGACCUAGCUGGAGUUCCUGAUCGAGAACAGCUAGAAGAGCUGAUGGAGAAACCAGCGAUUCUAGAACCUUUUGGAUCUGAACAGUCCAGAUCUGGUCGGAAGCGAAGGCCGCUUCCAGGUACUCUGAGGCAUGCUUUGGCGAACAAAGGCUGCAGGUUGAACAGCAUCUUCCGAUUGUACAAUGAACGGCGUAUCGCGCAGAUCAACCAUCAGCAGGAAGAAGGCUUUCACAACAGCCGCACCAGUCGCCUAGCCAAGUGGCGAGAAGUCGCAGAAAGGGCUCGGAAAGAUUUGCAGCUACCUCCUGGAGCGCUGGAAACCUUGAAGCCAGGGAACAUUGUCCUAUUCCACACACCAAGUAGGACUUCCAGUGUGGAAACAGGUAUGAUCUUGUCAGUAUGGCGUGGAGUCAAGAUGCCAAAGCUGAUUUGUGGAGACACACCGAUCAACUCUGUUGUGGCUUUCCGAGCAGUGCAACUUCAGCUGGAAAGCGCAUCGGAGGAGCGUCUAGAAUCAACUAUAUGGCUACAAAAUAAAAGGUAUUCAUUGCUAACACUACAAAAUGAUAGGAAGAGAGUGUAUGAGUCUGUUUGGAUUUACAGUUGGCAUUCCUGGUCAUUCUUUAGAGUAUGGGUUUUCAGAGUGGCUGAUGUAGGAGGCUCUAGGACUUGCUGGCCAUGA